CAUCACCGCCCCCCGGCUCUCGCUAUUGGCUGGAACGCACUGUAGGUCAGGAGUGAGGUGUGGGCUACGGGCGGUCACGUAACGCAGUGUGGUUCGGCUCAAGCACUCACUGGGUACAGGGGGCUGCUGUCACUGUAGAGCUGUCAGGGCACAUUAUCCAGGCUGCGAUCUGACCGGCCUGCUGCACUGCUUGUCCACACUAGACACACAAUAACCUACCAUCAUGGCUCCCAAAAAGUCCAACACACAGAGCACAACCAAUACUCCCAAGAAGUCCAGCAGACCGCCGCAAAAAAGAGACACAAAACAUGGCGGCAAAAAUGGCAAGAAAGAAGGAGUGUCCGGCAGCUCUUUCUUCACGUGGUUCAUGGUAAUUGCACUCUUGGGAGUAUGGACAUCGGUAGCUGUGGUUUGGUUUGACCUUGUCGAUUAUGAAGAAGUUCUUGCCAAAGCAAAGGAUUUUCGUUAUAACUUGUCAGAGGUACUUCAAGGAAAACUUGGCGUUUAUGAUGCAGACGGUGAUGGAGAUUUCGACGUGGAUGAUGCCAAGAUUUUGCUAGGACUGAAGGAAAGAUCUGUUUUACCACCCUCUGAAGACUCCAAGACUGACCAUGGAGAUCAUGAACACGAUGAUCCAGGUUAUAUAAGUGAUCAAGAUCUAGAAGAUGCUCUGAAAGAAGAUGAAUCUGAACAUACACAUGAUUAUAUAACUGAUCAAGAUCUAGCAGAUGCUCUCGAUGAAGAUGAAGCAGUGCAUGCACAUGACAUAGAUGACCAUGACCUUACAGAUGCAGCAGAGGACAUAGUCCACGAAGCAACACAAGCUCAGCAUGGUGAGCCAGAAGACUUUAACCUAGAAGACGCGUUUGAUGACCAAGUUGAAGAUGAAACUGCUGAAUAUGAUGCCAUUGAAGAUACCCCUGAAGACCUAAACUUGGAAGAUGCACUAGAUGCCACCAUUCAUGAAGCUCUGCAUUCUGAACAUGUUGAACUAGAUGAGCCAGAAGAAGUGGAAGAACUGGAGGUGAAAGAUAAAGAAGCUCCAGAUAGUGAAGAACCUGAACAAAUUAUUGAAGAGGCAAUAGUGGAAAGCAAACUGGAAACAUUAGCAGUAGAAGAACUCGAGGAGGAGUUGGAAGAAGAAGGUAAAGAGACUGAUGCUAUAACCGAACCAGAAGAUGAGCCAGCGUUGGAAACCGUGCAGGAAACCCCAGAUGUAGAUGAUGCUGAAGAAGUUGUUGAAGAGCUUACUUAUGAAGCAGUGGAAGAAGCUGAGGAGGAGGAGGAGGAGCUGCCAGCUGCAGAGGAAACGAUCGAUGAACAAGAAGGGGAUGAUGCUACUGAAGACCUCACAGAACCAGAGACCGAAGAAGCAGUUGAGGAAUCAGAAGUAGAAAAGGAUGACACUGAAGCUGAUGUACUAGCCAAUGAAGAAUAUGAAACCCAUGCAGAAGACGAAGAUACAAAUAAAUCAAUUGAAGAUGAAUAUGUACACACCGAUGAAGAACCCAAAGAAACCGAAUUGGUAGACGAAGAACCUGCUCCAGAACCUAUAGAAGAAAACAUUCUGAAUGAUAUUGAAGAAACUCUCUAUGAUAAUGUUCCUGAAAAUGAACAAGAUGAAGCAGUCAUCUCUGACAAUGAAGAACAGUUUGAAGAUGAACAGGUGACUCAAACUGAAGAGCAAAUAGAAUCUAAAACCAUAGAUAUAGACGAAAAACCUGCUGUAGAUAACAGACGGACUGAAGAUGCCAGAGAAGAAAACACACUGGCAAACCAGCAAGAGGAACAAGAAGGAGAACCAGCAGCAGGUGACAAGGAGACAGAAUCAAAGGAGAAAGCAAAGAAGAAGAAACUAAAGUUGUUAAACAAAUUUGAUAAGACAAUUAAAGUUGAGCUUAAUGCUGCGGAAAAACUGCGUAAAAAGGGAAAAGUGGAUGAGGCUUUAAGAGCAUUUGAAAGUUUGGUGAACAAAUAUCCACAGAGUCCAAAAGCAAGAUAUGGCAAAGCACAGUCUGAAGAUGACUUGGCUGAAAAGAGAAGAAGCAAUGAUAUUCUUCUGAAAGCCAUCAACACAUACGAAGAAGUCACAGGAUUACCCAAUGUGCCAGCAGAUCUAGUGAAGUUGGCUUUACAGAGACGAGCCAACCGACAGCAAUUUCUAGGUCGAAUGAGGGGGUCAUUGGUUACCCUUCAGAAAUUAGUGCAAUUGUACCCAGAUGACGUAUCUCUCAAGAAUGACCUUGGCGUUGGCUACCUUUUGCUUGGCGAUAACAACAAAGCAAAACAAGUUUAUGAAGAGGUUUUAGCAAUAGAUUCUAAUAAUGGCUUUGCUAAAGUACAUUAUGGAUUUAUUCUGAAAACUGAUAACAAGAUAGCAGAAAGUGUUCCCUAUUUAAAGGAUGGUCUGGAGUCUGAAGAGCCUGGUACAGAUGACGGACGCUUUUAUUUUCACUUGGGGGAUGCAUACCAAAGAAUUGGAAACAAAGAAGAGGCCUACAAAUGGUAUGAGGCUGGCCAUAAGAAAGGACACUUUGCUUCCCUGUGGCAGCGAUCUCUCUACAAUGUCAAUGGACUGAAAGCACAGCCGUGGUGGACUGCCAGGGAAACUGGAUACACUGAUUUAGUGAAGACGUUAGAAGCAAACUGGAAAGUCAUUCGUGAUGAAGGACUUGCUGUGAUGGAUCAAACCAAAGGUCUCUUUCUUCCAGAAGAUGAAAACCUAAGGGAAAAGGGAGACUGGAGUCAAUAUACUUUAUGGCAACGAGGUCAGAAAAAUGAAAAGUCCUGUAAAAAUUCCCCAAGAACGUGCAGUUUAUUAGAAAGGUUUCCAGAAUCGUCUGGGUGCCGAAGGGGACAGAUCAAAUAUUCAGUUAUGCACCCAGGAACUCAUGUCUGGCCUCAUACAGGUCCAACAAACUGUAGACUCCGGAUGCAUUUAGGAUUGGUAAUCCCAAAGGAAGGGUGUAAAAUACGAUGUGCCAAUGACACAAGGACCUGGGACGAAGGCAAAGUAUUGAUCUUCGAUGAUUCAUUUGAACACGAAGUGUGGCAGGAUGCCAGUUCUUACCGGUUAAUAUUUAUAGUGGAUGUUUGGCACCCAGAUCUUACACCACAUCAACGACAGACCCUUCCUGCUAUUUAGAUAGAAAAAAAGUUAUUUCACAAUAAUUAAGUAAAAAACCAUGAAGGAAUUCAGAUCUAUAACCACAGGCCAUUUUUUUCAUUAAACUUUCCAGUAAUUUUCUAUACUGUGGAAAAGGAUCUGGUACUCUGCUAUACUAUUCACUGUGAUUUUGACAUAGCUGCUGGUAUUUGGUACUGGUUAGUACCCUAGAUAAAGGCUCUGAUGUCUGUUUGUUUGUUUAUUUGGAGGUAAAUCAAAGCCCAUCCACUGUUUUUGGACUGCAUGUUCAAUAAUUCACUGCUGGUCAUAUUAUAGCUGAGAAUUAUGGGAAAUCUGUUACAACAGCUGCUCUGGGUCCAAGGUUUACCCUAUAAUGUAGAAAGUGCCAAGAUUCCAUUUGCUGAUAUAUUUUUGUAUGGACUGUUAUUUGAAGUCACUUAUAUUAAUAACAAAAACUAUAGAUAAAAUUAAGCAGCGUAAUAUUUUUUCAUACUUGUUAAAAAAUAUAUUUUGUAUGUAAGAAUAAAAUGCAACCACUAUAUUUCCCACGCAAAAAAAAAAAAACUGCACUGAUUAAAUAAUUUUAUUUAACUGUUUCGCUUUAUAAUUAUCAACGUUGCUUGAUUUAAUAUUUCAUUCCUCCAAAUUACGGUGACCACACUUACCUAGUGGCUAUGAAAAUGUGUUCGGAAGGUUUACAUUAAAAUCAGUUCUAACCUGUAUAGUGUUUACUUUCCCUAUCUCAGUGCCAUCCUACUAACUAAUCAGGAGGACAUAUAUCAUACAUAUGUGAAAAAUAUGUUUAACAACCUUUAUCAUACAUGUUGUGUUUUCCUCCAUUGUAUGUAUAGACUUUGUGAGUAGCUUUCUUAUUUUGUUUCUUACUACAAACUGUUUAUUUUGUGCUGUGUAUAUUAAAAAAAAAACACAACAGAUUUCUUUUUUUUUAGACCUGCCAUAUUAAUUAGCGUAAUUUUGUACUACUUAGCAAGACUUCGAUUUUUCACAAUUCUUUAUUAAUAAGACGUAUAGAAGGUUGUAGACACCACUCGAGUCACUCUAGAAAUACUGAAAUUUUAACCCCCAGCUUUACUGCUAAAUACCUCACCAUAUACAGAAUUCAAAGUAUGUUUCAAAUUUGAGGUCAAAAUUGUCAAACUAGAAAUAGUCUCCAAGUGAGCUAUGCUUUAUGGCUUUAAAUUUGAAAUUCUCUUUGAAUUCUUACUUUGGUAAAAUAACCCUUUAAGAGGAUCACUAUAGUGUCAGGAAAACAAACUCGAUUUCCUGACACUAUAGCAUCUUCAGGGCCCCCCUCCCUGUGCAGUGAAGGGGUUAAAACUCCUUCAGUUACUUACAUUAAUCCAGCGCUGGUGACCUCUCCUCCCCGUCGACAUCAGCUCCCGAGUGGAGCGGAAUGCACAUGCCUUCAAACAGUCCAUAGGAAAGCAUUUCUCAAUGCUUUCCUAUGGACGUUCUGUACGCUCGAUGUGGAUUUUGUCAGGAAGACAGCCACUAGAGGCUGGAUUAACCCUGCAAUGUAAACAUAGCAGUUUCUUUAAAACUGCUAUGUUUACAUCUAAAGGGUAAAACCUGGGGGACCUGGCACCCAGACCACUUCAUUGAGCUGAAGUGACUUGGGUGACUAUAGUGUCCCUUUAAUAGUUCUAGAAUGGCUGGUGUUUGUGGAAUAAUGGAAGUAGUGGGUGCAGUAUUUUCUGUUUCAUGUUACAUUUUUUUAUGUGGAAUGUAAUAUUUCGUAUGACAUUUUUAGGGUGGGUUUACAUGUAUAAAACCUAGUGCCAGCAACUUUCAUACUGUGUUUAGUCCUCUUCUAUUAAACAGUAAUUUGCACAAUUCUGUGGUAUGAUGUGAAUAUGCCUUUAACACAGAGUGCCAUUUGAGUAUUAUAUAUUACAUUUAUUUUUGCCUAACAAACCAGUCAUAAGGUAUGUGGGCAUGAUUGCAGGUACAUAAAAUCCUGUUUUAUUUUAUAGUUUAAAAGAUUAUAAGUCCCAGUGAUUCUUACA